ACCAUUAUUGUUUAUAACUGUUCAGAGUGCCAGUCACGAAGCAACUCCGCUCUUUACGUAAAAUUUAACUCCAUAUUUUUACCAUUCUGAUAAUACUAUGUUAUUGUAUAGAUUUAUUUCAAAAAUAUAUAUUGUGAUUAUAAAUAAAUAUAAAAAGAUGUAAUAGUAUCUGUAUUAAAAGAUCAAAAUAUGAUUAACAAAUUAAAUUCAGAUAGUGAAAUGUAAAUUUGAUAUUAAAAUACACUGAAACAUGAUAGGUGGAUCUGGAAAGAGAGGUUCGGGUACAGGUAGACAGCCACCUGUAUCUUCAACUUCUUCAGCCGCUGCUUUAGCAGCGUCAGUAGCUACCGCAGCAACUGCAGCUUCAGGAGAAGAUAAAACUAGUAGCGGAGGUCAAAUGAAAAAUGACGAAAAUAAAGAAUCAGUAGCACCUCCUACAAUCCCAAGUUCAGGAGCAACGUUGAGAGAAGCUGCUCAAAAAAUUCUUCAAUUAUGUCAAAGGUCAGAAUGGCCACCUUUGGAUCAAGCAAUCAAGAUAGUAGAAAAAUUAGUAGCAGCUGGGGGUGAAGAUGUGACGUCAUCUCCAUUGGUUGGUGUUGUCGACCCAGUUACUGGUAUGACGCCUUUAAUGUAUGCAGUAAAAGAAAGUAAAACGUCAUUUUUAGAAAGAUUAAUAGAACUGGGAUGCGAUGUUACAGCUAAAAACCAGGAUAACUUCAACGUUUUACAUUUAGCAGCAACAUAUUCCAGAGAAGACGUGAUAAAACUUUUGCUAACAAAGAAAGGAAUAGAUGUGUAUUGCCCUGGAGGAUCUAAACAACAAACUGCCAUUCAUAUGGUAACAAGUAGACAAACUGGUACUGCAACAAGUAUUCUAAGAGUUUUACUCGCUUCUUGCGGUAAAGAUAUUCGUACAAUUGCUGAUGGGGAUGGUAAAAUACCAUUACUAUUAGCAGUUGAAACUGGUAAUCAGUCAAUGUGCCGAGAACUUUUAUCAACACAAGCAGCUGAACAAUUAAAAUAUAAAACUCAAUCAGGAGAUAUGGCAGUACAUUUAGCUGCAAAAAGGAAAGAUAUCGAUAUGAUUAAAAUUUUAAUAGAUUAUGGGGCUGGAGUUGAUAGUCAAAAUGGUGAAGGUCAAACGCCUCUCCACAUUGCUUCAGCGGACGGUGAUGAAAGUUUAGUCAAAUAUUUUUAUAGUGUUAAGGCUAGUGCUUCUAUAACAGAUAAUCAAGAUCGAACUCCUAUGCAUUUGGCUGCUGAAAAUGGACAUGCAAACAUUAUAGAAUUAUUAGCGGAUAAGUUUAAAGCAUCAAUACUCGAAAGAACUAAAGAUGGUAGUACUUUAAUGCAUAUAGCAUCACUAAAUGGUCAUGCGGACUGUGCUACUAUGUUAUUUAAAAAAGGUGUAUAUCUUCAUAUGCCAAACAAAAGUGGAGCUAGAAGUAUACAUACAGCAGCUCGUUAUGGGCAUGUUGGAAUCAUUAAUACCUUGUUACAAAAAGGAGAAAAAGUAGAUGUUAUAACAAAUGAUAAUUACACUCCUUUACAUAUUGCGGUAGAAUCCGUUAAACCAACUGUAAUCGAAACUUUAUUAGGAUAUGGAGCUGAUGUUCAUGUACAAGGUGGUAAGUUAAGAGAAACACCUCUACAUAUAGCAGCAAGGGUCAAAGAUGGUGACCGUUGUGCAUUAAUGCUUUUAAAAUCUGGAGCAGGACCAAAUGUAGCCACAGAUGAUGGACAAACUCCAGUUCAUGUUGCUUCAAAACAUGGAAAUCUCAUAACACUUCAAUUAUUAUUAGACGACGGUGGUGAUCCACUUUUUAAAAAUAAAAUUGGUGAGACACCUUUGCAUUUGGCAUGUAGAAGUUGUCAAGCUGAUAUUGUAGAACGACUUAUUAAUUUUGUUAAAACAAAACAAGGCGAUGAAAUAGCAAAUUCUUAUGUAAAUUCUGUGAAUGAAGAUGGUGCAUCAGCAUUACAUUAUGCAGCUAAUAUUACAAAAUCGGAAGUUAACGAAUCAAAACCAAAUCACGAUGCUAAAGUCAUUAAGUUAUUAUUUGAAGGAAAAGCUGAUAUAAAUUUGCGAACUAAACAACAUCAUGAAACAGCAUUACAUUAUUGCGCAGUAGCUGGUAAUAAUGAUGUCCUUUCUGCAAUGUUAGAUGGAAUGUCACCAUCUGAAGUACAGCAAGCUAUGAACCGUCAAACAAGUAUAGGGUGGACUCCAUUAUUAAUUGCUUGCCAUAGAGGUCAUAUGAGUUUAGUCAACACUAUGUUAAAUAAUCAUGCUAGAGUAGAUGUUUUUGAUAAUGAAGGAAGAUCUGCUCUUCACUUAGCUGCUGAAAGAGGGUAUUUAAAGGUAUGUGAUGCGUUACUAACUCAUAAAGCAUUUAUUAACAGUAAAUCACGUGUAGGCUGGACAGCACUACAUUUAGCAGCUAUGAAUGGGUUCGCAGAUCUUUGCAGAUUUUUGAUACAUGACCACAAUGCAGUUAUUGAUAUACUAACUUUGCGAAAACAAACGCCUUUGCAUUUAGCAGCAUCAGCAGGUCAAUUGGAAGUAUGUAAAUUAUUAUUAGAUUUAGGAGCAAACAUUGAUGCUACCGAUGAUCAAGGUCAGAAACCAAUACAUAUUGCGUCACAAAAUAACUUUCCCGAAGUUGUUCAAUUAUUCUUACAGCAGCAUCCACAAUUAGUCUUGGCUUGUACUAAAGAUGGAAAUACGUGUGCUCAUAUAGCUGCAAUGCAAGGAUCAGUAAGAGUUAUUGUGGAAUUAAUGAAGUUUGAUAAGAAUGGAGUAAUAUCUGCUAGAAAUCGUAUCACUGAAGCUACUCCACUCCAGUUGGCUGCUGAAGGUGGUCACGCCCAAGUUGUUAAAGUUUUAGUAAGAGCAGGUGCAUCAUGUUCGGAUGAAAAUAAGGCAGGGUUUACGGCUGUCCAUUUAGCUGCACAAAAUGGUCAUUUGUCAGUUUUGGAUGUAUUAAGGUCAUCUCAAUCACUGAGAAUAUCAAGUAAAAGACUUGGAAUGACUGCACUUCACAUGGCAGCGUAUUGUGGUCAAACAGAUACUGUACGAGAACUACUGUCUCAUAUUCCGGUAACUGUUAAGUCGGAUCCCCCUUCUGGUGUAAGCGUUUUAGGAGUUUUGGGAAAUGAAUCUGGAAUGACUCCAUUACAUUUUGCUGCGUAUAGUGGUAAUGAAAAUGUUGUUCGUUUGUUGUUAAAUUCGGCUGGAGUACAAGUUGAUGCAGCAACAGUUGAAUGUGGAUAUAAUGCACUACAUUUAGCAUGCUUUGGUGGUCACGUAACCGUAGUCGGUCUUUUGUUAUCUAGAGCAGCAGACUUAUUACAUAGUUCUGACUUAAACGGAAAAAAAUGUUUACAUAUUGCUGCUACAUAUGGUCACUAUGCAAUGGUAGAAGUUUUAUUAGGCCAAGGAGCAGAGAUUAACGCAACAGAUAAGAAUGGUUGGACUGCAAUGCACUGUGCGGCUCGUGCUGGUUUCUUAGAUGUUGUAAAACUUUUAGUAGAGUCAGGCGCUUCACCAAAAUCAGAAACAAAUUAUGGAGCAUCUCCUAUAUGGUUUGCCGCACAAGAAGGACAUAAUGAUGUCUUAGAAUAUUUAAUGACUAAAGAGCAUGAUACUUAUGGUUUAAUGGAUGACAGAAGGUUUGUGUACAAUUUGAUGAUUUGCAGUAAAAAUCACAAUAACAAACCUAUAGAAGAAUUUAUUCUUGUUUCACCAGCUCCAGUAGAUACAGCUGCAAAACUUUCAAACAUUUUCAUGAAUUUAUCAAAUAAGGAAAAAGAGAGAGCAAAAGACUUAAUAUCUGCAGGAAAACAAUGCGAAGCAAUGGCAACUGAGCUAUUAGCUUUAGCUGCAGGUCAAGAUUCAGCCGGUCGAAUACUAACAGCUUCUGAUCGUCGUAACACUGAAUUUUUAGAUAUUCUUAUUGAAAACGAACAAAAAGAAGUUAUUGCUCAUACUGUUGUUCAGAGGUAUUUGCAGGAACUAUGGCAAGGAAGACUGAAUUGGGCUGGCUGGAAAACUCUUUUAAUGUUUCUAGGAUUUAUUACCUGUCCACCACUCUGGAUAAUAUUCACAUUACCAUUAUGGCACAGUUAUAAUAAAGUGCCAAUUAUAAAAUUUAUGUCUUAUUUGACAUCACAUGUGUACCUUAUGCUUUUAUUACAAAUGGUCGCCAUAACACCUUAUUACAGAUCAGCGCGAUAUAACUUAUUUCCAUAUUGGUACGAAUGGUUACUUUUAGUUUGGCUAAGUGGCUUGUUAUUGUUCGAGCUAACAAAUCCUAGUGAUAAAAGUGGAUUGGGUUGGGUCAAGUUGGCUGUACUUUUAUUGAGUGUCAUAGGAGUAGCAUUUCAUUUAGCUGGAUUUUUUGGUGUUAUCCCACAAAGGUUCCUUUCUACUGCUAUGUAUCUCAGAAAUCAAAUGUUUGCACUGUCAUUUUUAAUGGCUUGUGUUCAAAUAUUAGAUUUUUUGUCAUUUCAUCACUUAUUCGGUCCUUGGGCAAUAAUAAUUGGUGAUCUUAUGAAAGAUUUGGCAAGAUUUUUAGUGGUUCUUAGUAUAUUUGUACUUGGAUUUUCCAUGUUAGUUGUAGCAAUAAACCAUCCUAAUCGUAAUAGUUUAAAGAAAAAUUCAAAUUCGUCACCAUUUUCAGAAGUUUACAUCAGUCCAGUGAUAGCAUUUGAGCAGUUAUUUUUUGCUGUAUUUGGGAUGGCUGGCUGGGAAAGUUUAAGAAAAAUACCAGAAGAAAAACAAGAUGAUUGGACUGUUUAUAUGUAUAAAGGUGUACUUGGUAUUUAUAUGUUAGUGUCAGUAGUAGUUUUAAUUAAUCUACUAAUUGCUAUGAUGAGUGACACUUAUCAAAGAAUUCAGGCACAAUCAGAUAUAGAAUGGAAAUUCGGAUUAGCUAAAUUAAUUAGAAAUAUGCAUAGAACAACUACAACACCAUCUCCUUUAAAUUUAAUCACCACCUGGUUUAUGUAUUUGUUAGAAAUAUGUCAAAAAAGAGUUAAACAGAAAAAACGUCCUAGCUUAUCACAAAUGGUUGAUUUAAAAACUAAAGGACGAAUGAGUGCAAGAACACGAAUGGGUAACAAAUGGUUAUCUAAAGUAAAAAAAGCUCAAGUAGUUCCUAGAGAGUCUAUGUCAGUGAGCGUGGUACAUUUAAGUCCAUAUGGCUCACAAAUUAGUUUUUCAAGUGUGACUAAUCGAAUUGAAACUGUAACCGAUUGGGAUGCAAUAGCAAAAAAAUAUAGAGCACUUCAAGGUGCUAGUGAAAAUGAUGACAAAGAUGAUCCAAAAGCAUCUAAUGCUUCUAUGGAACGUUUGACAAGGAGUAAUAGCGAAGCACAACCUGAUCUUGCACUACAUAUACCUAAUAAUGUAGUUAAUUUACCAUAAAAAAUUUGAUAAUUGUAAUAUAAUAUUUAGGUAAUAAUUAUUUUUGUACUGAUUAAAAUACAUGAAAUAUGAAAUUCAUAAUUUUAUAAAGUCUUUAUGAAAAAGU